GAAAGGAGGUUUGGAAAUGGCCCUUAAUCUUAAUUGGAAAUGCAAAUCUAAAUUUUCAUCAGCUCCUAUGAAAGAAUGGUUCGUUGAUGGAACUAGCGCCGGUCAAGUCAAAUGUGCUGAUAUUUUAUCAUUUGUUACGAUAUAUAAAGCCGGUCAUGAAUCUCCAGCCGAUCAGUCAAAAGCUGCAUUUGAUAUGUUUACUAAAUGGAUAUCUAAUAUAAAAAUUGAAUAG